AUGGCGUCAGCAGUGGAAGCGAAUCGAACAACAGCGGAGCAAUCAGUGUUACUGAGCUCAGCCGGCACCAAAGACGCACUGGAACGGGAAAUUUUGGCCGUUGAGCGUCGCAUUACUGAAGCAAUGGAUGGAGUGGUAUCAACAAUUGAACGUCAGUACGUGGAAUGUGUGCCGGAUUUGAUCACUAGCAACAAGCUACUGAAGACGGUCCGUACAGCGUGUGAAACAGCGGACAGAUCUCUGGACUCGAUCGCCGAUAAUAUAAAAAGCCUAGAAAAAGAGAUUGAGCUGGAUAAAAGUGUGAUGAACAGAGUGGCAGCAAUAAAGAACUGGAAAUCGGAGAUCAAACUUUUGGAAGAUGUUGAAUUGCUCACUUCACAGCUGUGGUACUCUUCCAACGAGGAAAAUACUCUCACAAAUGCAAAGUUGAUCAGGGAACUGGAAGAUAAAUUGAACCUGCUUUCUGAGGUAGUACUGCUUACAGGCAUUUUUACGCCACUUCUGUACCGGAAGUUGAAAUUUUGUUACGGAGAGGAAUGGGCAAUGGAUGGAGUGGUAUCAACAAUUGAACGUCAAUACGUGGAAUGUGUGCCGGAUCUGAUCACCAGCAACAAGCUGCUGAAGACGGUCCGUACAGCCUGCGAAACCGCGGACAGAUCUCUCGACUCGAUCGCCGAUAAUAUAAAAAGCCUGGAAAAAGAGAUUGAGCUGGAUAUUAUUGCUAUUAGCAUUGUUGGAACUGAGGAUAAAAAGUUGGCGAAAAGUGUGAUGAACAGAGUGGCAGCAAUAAAGAACUGGAAAUCGGAGAUCAAGCUUUUGGAAGAUGUUGAAUUGCUCACUUCACAGCUGUGGUACUCUUCAAACGAGGAAAAUACUCUCACAAAUGCAAAGUUGAUCAGGGAACUGGAAGAUAAAUUGAACCUGCUUUCUGAGAAGGACGUGACCAUGGACAAAGUUUUCGAGGGACGAAUUGUGCCAUCUCUAAAGGAAGAAGUUUCUGCGCUGAGACGAGCCCUCACAUAUAUGCUGAAUAAUUUUUGGGAUGAAACGUUCUGGUUGCGAAAGAUGAACGAUAAAAUCAUCCUGCAGAUACCAACAUCAGCCAGUGCCGCACUGAAUGAGAAACUCUCUGCAAUGGAUGUGCUCAAUCUGAUCGAUGGAAAGAUUUCAAAACUUGCCUCAACUUUGAUGCAGUAUUUUUGUCAGCCAAUAAUUUCUGCCACGGAACUUGCCGGUAUAAUUGACUACCGAAGUACCAUUUCGUUAACACGACGUGACUAUAUUGUGCAAAAAAAGCAGUCGACGGCAGAGGGCACGAAGAAAAAUCCUGAUGCAAAAAAAGUAUUCAGGUGGGUUCUUUUAAGAUUUUAA